AAAUUUUAUGCCGUCGAAGGGAAGGUUAAAAUCUCUAUAAAGAAAGGGUUUCGUUGGUUUAAGAAGACAUGUUCUAGGAUUGUGCAUGGUUUUUGAAUAUCAGAUACGGCCACAGAUUAACGUAACCAUUUAAUGAGCAAAAAGAAAAUGGCUCGUCACGAUCUGGAGUUAGAGAAAGCUCGAUUUUUAAGCUUAGCUCAGGAAUGUGGCUUCGAUGAAGAGUCAGCUAACAAAUGCUUAGACCGUCUAAUUUCUCUUUACGGCGACGAUGGUCAAGAUUUUGUAACUGUGGAGUGCUGUGGAGAUGAUUUUCUUGCUGCAUUAGCUGAAUCAAUGCGAGAUAGUGAGGAUUGGGAUGAUGAUUUGCAAGCUAUUGAAUCUGAAGCUUGUGGUGCUUUAGCCAAUUAUAUGUUUAGUGAUGAAAAUGCUAUUAACAGUAAUUGUACGAUGGUUGAUAAUGGUAAUAAUGAGAAUGCAAGAGGGUAUAUAAAUGUUACAGAUGAUGAUGAUGAACCAAAAGAGAAACAAACUUGGAUGGAUUUGGAUUCUUCUAGUGUCAGCGAAGAAUCCGAAGAUCCUGAGUUUAGUAUCACCGAAGGAAAGAGCUCUUUGUCUGCUACCUCCAGUCAGCUUUUAUCAAGAUCUAUGGAUUGUAAGAGCAGUGUUACUCAAGGUUCUGCUUCAUCGAUUUGCAACAAAAAGAAGCAUCCUGGGAUACAAAAAGAUGGACGGCCGAUGCUCAGUUAUGAAGAAUUGCAGGCUUUGGAUGAUUUUGAACUGGCAAAUGUUGUAAUAUUUGGGAAUAUGUCAUUUCGUCCUUUGCAACAUCAGGCUUGUAAAGCUUCUGUGGCAAAGAGAGAUUGUUUUGUUCUCAUGCCUACUGGAGGUGGUAAAAGUCUAUGUUACCAGCUUCCAGCAACUUUAAAGCCAGGUGUUACGGUGGUUGUAUCUCCCUUACUAUCCCUCAUUCAGGAUCAGAUUAUUACACUCAACCUCAAAUUUGGAAUACCAGCAACUUUUUUGAAUUCUCAACAAACUGCUUCCCAAGCUGCAGCUGUCCUUCAGGAGCUAAGGAAAGAAAAACCAUCAUGUAAACUCUUGUACGUGACUCCUGAGAGGAUUGCUGGAAACCUAGGAUUUCUUGAAAUACUGAAGUGCCUGCACUGGAAGGGACAACUAGCAGGUUUCGUAGUUGAUGAAGCACACUGUGUUAGCCAGUGGGGACACGAUUUUCGCCCAGAUUAUAGAGGAUUAGGAUGUCUUAAGCAGAAUUUUCGAGAUGUUCCACUGGUAGCUUUGACUGCAACAGCAACCCAUUCGGUUCGUGAGGACAUAUUAAAAGCUUUAAGAAUUCCGAAUGCUCUUGUACUUGAGACCAGCUUUGAUAGACCCAAUUUAAAGUAUGAAGUGAUUGGAAAGACGAAGGAAUCGCUAAAGCAGGUUGGACAGCUUCUGAAGGAUCGUUUCAAAAAUCAAUGUGGAAUAGUAUACUGCCUUUCAAAAAAUGAAUGCAUUGAGGUUUCAAAUUUUUUGAACGACAAAUGUAAGAUUAAGACAGUAUAUUAUCAUGCUGGUCUGGCAACUCGCCAAAGAGUUGAAGUUCAGAGGAAAUGGCAUAUGGGGGAAGCCCACAUUGUAUGUGCAACUAUUGCAUUUGGGAUGGGAAUAGAUAAACCAGAUGUUCGCUUUGUCAUCCACAAUACAUUGUCCAAAUCAAUUGAAAGCUACUAUCAAGAAUCUGGAAGGGCUGGAAGAGAUAAUCUCCCUGCUGCAUGCAUUGCUCUAUACCAGAAGAAAGACUUCAGCCGGGUUGUAUGUAUGUUACGAAGUGGACAAGGAUAUAAAAGGGAAAGCUUUAAGACAGCAAUGGCUCAAGCUCAGAAAAUGCAACAGUACUGCGAACUCAAGGCUGAAUGCCGAAGACAAGCCUUACUCGAACACUUUGGUGAGUCUUUUGAUCCAAAAGACUGUAAAUACGGUUCUAAUCCAUGUGAUAAUUGUCUCAAGAGUUCCGUAUAAGUACAUGCAUGUUUAUGUUUGUAGCUGAUAGAAUGUCCCAUUUCAAUAAUGUAUGUGGCCACAUUCUUCUUCUUUUGAGAGAACAACCACAUGCGUUGGCACCAUGACAUCUUGCUUGGUGAAUUCUUUUAGCAUAGAUGACGCUUUCGAAAGAUGAAAAUGCAUAUCUUGCGUUUCACCCGCAUCUCAAUCAAAAGAGGGACCAAAGCCUUAUACGGUCGUUAUCAGUUAAAGGUACUUCAGACCAAACUCAUUGCUUGAUUUUGGACUUUCUUGCAACAUUUGCAGCAGUUGUAACUAUUGCACAUUUGUUUCUGUGCGGGUGCAUGUGAUGGAGGGUUUAAGAGUGGGGUUGGGGUUGGAGGCAAGAGGCAAGAGGCAUAGCUGAAAACAUAACCUUGUGCCACAGACCGCUUUCCUGUAUAUAAAUUAUAUCUGCACGAAUUAGUAAUUUGAUUGGGUGGCUCUUGAAAGUUUCGUCAAUGAGCUAUCGAUGAUCAUUAUA